AACCGCUACACUCACCGGUCGACGACCAUGACGGAGCGCAGCUGGAAGACCAUGGAGGAGGGCGUUGAGGAGUACGUCAGCGAGCUGAUCAAAUUCCGCAAGAAGGAGGUUGCCGGGAACGUAUUCUGGUUACGCCUUCGCGAUCUAGAUAUGAAACUCGACAAGUGGAGAGAGAUGUGCCCCGACGCGAAUGUGCUCAAGCCCACGUCGGCGGAGGUUGCGGUCAGGGAGCCGCUCCGCACGGUGCUGUUGAAGGACCUCGAUUGGUCGGUGACGGACCCGCUAAAGUCGGUGGAGGACGCGGUACUCGUGCGCCUAGGGCGGGAGUGUAUGGAUGAGAUGAGGGCGUAUUUGCUGGGCUUGAUCCCCGGCAGGGUCAAGGGCAAGAGCAGGGGCACGGGCGACCGCCUCGCGCUCGCGACGACGUACUUCAAGUGCUUCCGCUGCAAGGAACCCAUGCCCUACGUGCGGAUCACCGUCCAUCAGUGCUUCAAGGACCUCCCGGCGGGCAGGGAGGAUGAGGACGGCGAGGACGAUACGACUAUCACGAUCACGAGCAUGCUGAAGGCGGCGAGGACGAGCGCGCCGCUUUAUCGCACCACUGACAAGGUGUUCUUCGACGAGGAGGCGAGCCGGCACGCGGAGGUGUUGAUUAGGGCGUGCGAGAACGAUCCGAACAAGACGACAUUUGCGGACAUGGAGGCACUUGACGCGCGUCUCGAGUGCGUGGCUUGCGAGCCGGGCAAGCGUCGGCAGGCCAUGCAAUGGCGUAGCGCGCUUCUCCACUCCAUCCAGCACCACUACGCCACGGACAACAGCCCUAUCUCUGCUCGAUGGAAGGUUAUCAACGACCCAGACGAGCUACAGCGCAUCGAGGCCGCCGAGAAACCUGCGAUUGAGAAGGGCCAAGUCGUAAGACAGUGCCGAGGAGGCUAUCGCAUUAAGGUACCUGCCUGCAGCAAUCAGGAAAUGUGGAACAAGGCUCUCCGCGAGCAAAGUGUCGCAUACGCGCAAGACAGCUCGAUGGCCAACUUCCCGCCGUUUGUCCGAUUUUAGCAUAUGUUCAAGGACCAGAGCAUGAGCUAUCACAAUGGUUAGUCUAUACAAAGUCCUACUGCCAUGGUUCGCAUCUCCAAUCACUUCUCGCGCUCUGAAUACACGGACAAAAACCAGAGAGACGCCUUAAUCUGAAUUAUGCACUCACUAAUGAUUUACUAUCCCUACAAUACAUAUAUAUCCCCGCCCGAUUCAGAUGCCGUUA